AUGUCCAAAACCAGCGCUAUCUGUUGGUCAUCACUUCCACAAGGUGUUGCAGGCAGGAAGGCAGCAGAAAAUGUCAUAAAAAUGACUCCAGGACCCACACGACUAGCCAUCUCCCAUGCAGCUGACAUUCUGUCCACAUUCAAGCUCUUCCUCCGUCCGGCCAUUGAAAAAAUUGUCAUUGAAAUGACAAAUGUGGAGGGGGUUCGUCACUAUGGGCAAGAAUGGAAGACCAUGGAUGUCACUGAUCUGCAUGCCUACAUAGGGCUUGUAAUACUGGCUGGUGUCUACAGAUCCCGGGGUGAGGCAGCUUCUAGUCUCUGGAAUGAUGAGACGGGAAGACCCAUUUUUCGAGCCACCAUGUCGCUGGGAAAGUUUCGCACCAUAUCAGCAGUGCUCAGAUUUGAUGAUCGUGAGACAAGACCUGCACGGCGCAUCACUGACAAACUGGCAGCCAUCAGGGAUGUCUGGGAUAAGUGGGUGCAACAGUUGCACCUCAUGUACAAUCCCGGACCUGAUGUCACUGUGGAUGAAAGACUGGUUCCAUUCAAAGGUAAGAAUGGUCUUUUAUUGUUGACAAUGCCUCAGUAUGGCUCAGUCAUAUCAAAUGGUCAGAUUUCAGACCAAAUUCUCUGAUAUCCUAUGCAAUUCUAUAUGCAAAGGACAUUGUAAAAAACAAGCUAGAGUAGUAGGAUGGAAAUAAUUUUUCUCUGUUUUGUGCUUUCUACAGGUCAUUGUCCUUUUCGUCAGUAUAUGCCAAGCAAACCUGGAAAAUAUGGCAUCAAGUUAUGGGUUGCUUGUGAUGCACGCUCAAGUUACGCUUGGAACAUGCAAGUUUACACAGGGAAGCCAGCUAGUGGAGCUCCAGAGAAAAAACAAGGCAUGCGUGUUGUCCUGGAGAUGACAGAAGGGCUGAGAGGACACAAUGUGACCUGUGAUAACUUCUUCACAUCUCAUGAGCUGGGUCAGGUGCUGCUGAAGAAGAAAAUCACAAUGGUUGGCACUGUGAGGAGGAAUAAACCUGAGCUACCACCUGCCCUAACUGCAACAAGAGGAAGAGAGGUCUUUUCAUCCAAGUUUGCCUUUACUCAGGACACCACAGUCAUCUCAUAUAUGCCAAAGAAGAGCAAGAAUGUGAUCCUUAUGAGCGCACUACACAAGGCUGCAGAGGUAAGCACUGGGGAAGACAAAAAACCAGCCAUCAUCCUGGACUACAAUGCCAACAAAGGCGGGGUGGACAAUCUAGAUAAGGUCACAGGCACAUAA